AUGUAUCGUUACGUUCCAGGAAUGAACACGAUGCCGCAAGUGAUGACCCUUGUAGCCACACCUGAAGGCCUGCAACUAAAGCUACCAUCGUCCGGUCUCAAUAAUUCACAGAACGCAAAAUACGGUCCUGCGCUUACAGUACCUCAACAAUAUCCGCCUUCGCCAGAUGGAGCAAACGAGGCAACUAAUCACAUUGUCGAGAAGUCAAAAGGAUCCAAGCCGUCAAACAACGCCAGCAGGAGCACUGCUGCAGACGGAGCGGGAAAGAGCAAAAUAAAGGCUCCAACACCUAUAGGCCAACUGAAAUCGCCAAUGCGUCAGCGCGUUGCACGAAAAGCGAACAAAAACAAAGGAGGAAAAGCCUGA